CAAGAGAGAAAUCGCACGAGAAUGGCGUUGAUCAAUAAAUUUCUCGUUGCUGUCAGACGCGGAUCGUGUUACUGCAACUACCGCCAGGUGUCCAGGUACUCGACGGGCCCCGACGGCAAGCAGAACGGCGACCUCGACGAAUCGAUUAAGAAGUCAGUAUUUAUAUCGCAAUCCACGGAUGUGUUCACCAAUUUAGCGUUAGAGGAUUGGUUCUAUCGGAACGACGAUUUCACGAAUCAUCACAUGUUGUUGCUCUGGCGCAACGAUCCCUGCGUGGUGAUCGGACGUCAUCAGAACCCAUGGAUCGAGCAUAACGCUCAACUGGCCGAGAAACGUGGCAUCGCGCUUGCGCGACGUAACAGCGGCGGCGGCACCGUCUAUCACGACGCGGGCAACCUGAAUCUGACCUUUUUCACGCCGCGGGACAGAUACAACCGAAAAUACAAUCUGGGCAUCAUAACCAGAGCGCUGUACCGUGAGUGGGGAGUGAAAGCUGACAUUAAUAAACGCGAGGACAUCGUCGUUGAAGGCAAUUACAAAGUAUCCUUUAAUGUGUCUGGUACCGCAGCGAAAUUAGGAAAAUCGAACGCGUAUCAUCACUGCACGCUGCUGGUCAAUGUAAACAAAUCAGCGUUGAGCUUGGCGCUCGAAACGAAUAAGGAUGGCAUAAAAACAAACGCCACUGCAUCUACCCGGUCUCCGGUAAAAAAUUUAAUAGACGUGAAUUCGCACAUAUGCAUGGACAAGCUUAUCAAUGCAAUUGGCUGGGAAUAUCUUCGCACGAAAGCGCUGGCCUUAGAAGAUGGUGGACAAGACUUGAUUCAACAGCAGAAAGGGUUUCAGUACAUCAAUCCGACCGAGGAUUGGUUCCCAGGUCUCGACGAGCUGGUAAGCCAGUUCCGCUCGUGGGAAUGGAACUACGGAAAAUCGCCUAUGUUCUCGAUAACUCGCGAAUUGGACCUCGUCGCGCGUGAUAGCAAAGUCCAUCGUUUUAAUCUAACGCUAGAAAUACAAAAUGGAGUUGUCGAGGAAAUAAAAAUGAGACUGCCGGCUGGCCUGGUGUCGAACAAUUUCAGUCAGGACGCGAGCGUGAUAAGUAAUCUACGGGGAACGAGAUACGACCACGAAAUAACGGAGAGCAUAAUAACUGCCAUCGGCUGCAAGACUGUUACAUUAAGUACGAGCCAGAACGUAGAUAAGAGUAAUAUGAUUGCUACGCAAUGACCCGACGAACAAUCAUAAUGAUUGUGCUUAAAUUGUUGUGUGCUAAACCAAGUUGCCGCAUAACAAGCUGUGAGAGCAGUACAGACUUUUUUUUAUCAUAAUACGAUAUUAUUAAAAAGACUUAAUAAUACUCAUUGUUAUGUACGUAUAUAUACAUAUGCAUGUAAUAUAUUGUAAUAUAAAUUACAAUAAGUACGUAUAUCCUUUGUUGUAUGUACCGAGAUUUCAUACUGUUGUUAAUAUAAACCUUAUAAAUUGUAUCUGUUAAUAAAUGUUGUUAUUAAUUAAUUGAGUAAAAUUCA